CUGCUGUUCCUGCUGCAUGCUCGCCCGACUCAUGCUUUUGGCGCCGGCAACAUUGCGUCUGUAUCUAACGUUGAAGGAGUCAACUUCCGCCAUGGAGAUAUCGAAGAUACCCUUCUCACCCUCGUCAGCUCCUACGCCUACGCCAAGGGCGCCAAGUUCAGCAAGAUCGAUGUCAAGCGUGUCUACUUCGGAAACUGGCUGCGUGAUUACAGUCAGGCCGUCGACGUAGGAACCACUAAACACGUCUCGGCCGAGGCUAUUCGUAUCCUGUUAUGGGUGCUGGGCUUCCUGACCUUCGGAUACGGUACUGGCGAGUUCGAAGUCACAUCUGAGAGGCUAGGAUGCUACCGUCCCGAGGAGCAUAUCGAUAAUCCAAAAGGUUACGCCGAAGGAGAAGAUGCCCGUCAGUACGACCGUAGACUGCGUGGCCCGAUCGAUGAAGAGAGGGAAUUGAGCAUCGAUGAGAGAACCGGUCUGAAGAACUAUAUUGCCUCAGAGGACCUGGGUAUUACCACGUCUGCCCAGCUGGUGCGCAAUCUCUUCGGCCGCUGCAUCGACCUCGGCAGAGCCUUCAACAGAACCAGGGACAAGAAGGAAUUUUACGAGGCUUUGCGCCUCCUAGGUACGGGGCUGCAUUGUCUCGAGGACUACUCUGCGCAUUCCAACUACACUGAGCUGGCCCUUAUCGAGCUAGGCGAGCGUGAUGUCUUUCCUCACGUCGGCCGCAACACCCAAGUCCAUGUCCAGGGGGCCCGCCACCCUGUCUACCCCAUCAUCACAGGUACCUUUGGUGGUGUCGACUUCCUCCACUCGGUCAUGGGCGAGUUGGACGACAAAGCUACUCAAUCUGAGCUUCAAGAGUUGGAAGGCGUAAUGGAUAACUCGCAAAAUCAAAACACCAGCCUGCUCAAGAAGCUUCUCAAGGCCCUUCCUUCCGGCCUUCUCGGCGGCAAAGACCAGGCCGGCAAAGUUGACGAGCUGCAGAGCAAUGCUGCCGCUGCGCAAAUGUCGAAUAUGAAGCUUGAGCCCCGAAGACCAGAGGAAUGGACCAAGCAACUCCAGCAAGUUCAGCACCAAAUCUACCCCAUCCUUCAGUUCCACGACGAGCUCAUGAUGGGCAUCAACGAAGCCAUUGAGAAGAUCCCUGUCUUGCCCGAUCUUCUCGAGCAGCUCACCGAGCAGCUCAACAUCUUCGUUUUCUCGCUGCUUGCUCCUUUUGUCCUGCCAAUAAUCAGCCAGGUCAAGGAGGAGCUCGCAACCGGCUCUUCUGAGGUCAUCCAGAGCAGUCGUGAAGAGCAAUUGGUCGUCUUCCACAACGACAAUUCGUCCGAUCCCACCCACUCUAUGCUCUCCAAGGAUCACUUCUCUAACAUCCUCAACGAACCUGCCGGAAAGAUUGGAUGUGCUGUGCUCAAAUGGGUCGUUCCUCAAAUUGUCCAAUGUUGGGACAACGAGAAUAUCAACAUUGCCAGAACUCUCGAUCGUAUCAUCAACGGUGUCUUCCACCACCCUGCCCUGCGUCAAUUUGGCAAUGACGGUGCUGCUGACUGUCGUCACAUCAUGUUCGGUGUUGUCGAGCAGUGGUGGCAGGAGAAGUCUGAACGUGAGCGUGACGACCUUCGUCGCAAGCUCAGCAGACGUGGGGUUGAGACGGGCCAGAACCACAAGGAAGGUGUCAAAGACACGGGACAUGGUUGUUGCAAGCCUCUCUUCCAGCAGAAGCAGCACAACAAUGCUCCCGCUGCUGCAGCUCAUGCAGCCCAACAGGCUGGCAAUUUCGUUGGCGAGGCUGUCGGGGGCGGUGCUCUUGGUUCUGUCCUUGGUGGUCUUGUUAGCAGUGUCGGAGGUAGUCUGUUGAGCAGCGCUUUUGAAUCGAAGGGCGAGACACAGACAUACCAGCAGUCAAGCUACAACCAACAAGAUGGAUCGUAUUCGCAGAGCUAUAUGCAGACUGGCGAGCGGCCAUCCUCUAGACCAUAUGGCCAGCAACACACUGCACAGGCUGAGUACAAAACUACUCAGUAUCCUGGUGGCGGUCACAGAACGGAGUACAACAAAUACGAACAGGAAGGUAAUACUGGAUAUGGCUACCAGCAGAGCACUGAAGUUCGCCCAACUCAAGGCGGUGGCUACGAGCAGCGUAGUGAGCGCCGCCACGAACGACCUGAUGGUCGCUGGGAUAGUGAAGUGCAGGAGCAAGGCAUUGGCGCUGCUGGAGAGUACUACCAGACCGAAGAAAAGCACCAUGGCGGAAGACAUGAUGACGAUAACGACAAUGAGCGCCACUCUCACAGAAAACAUGGUUCAAACCAUCGCAACGAUUACGAGAGCGAACAACAAUCUUCUUACUCCCGCCCCGAUAACAGCGGUUUCCCCGGCGCUUCGUAUCACGCCCAACACCAACAACGUCAAGAUGAACGUCCCAGCUAUGGCCAGGAGCGUCCUAAUUAUAGCAACGAUGACUUCAGUGGCCGCAAUGAAAGACCUCAACACCAGGGUCGCCAUGAGGAAUAUGGUAGACAAGAAUACGAUGGUGGCCGACAAGAGUAUGGUGGUGGAAGACAAGAAUACGGGCGUGAGGACAACUAUGGUCGUCAGGAACAAGGCUAUGGUCGUCGUGAUGACGAUGAGAUGCCUGAACGUAGACACCAUGGUGGCCACCAUGGCGGCCAUCACGAAGGCGGCAACGGCUACGACGGUGGCUAC